AUGAAGCUCACUCUCCCCCUCACCGUCUCCCUCUCCCUCCUCGCCUCUCUCGCCACCGCCUCCCCGACCCCUCUCAACACCGACAACGCCCUCGCAGCCCGCGAACAGUCGGGCCACCUUAUUGCUGCCCGCAACGUCGCCGCUGCCGCCCACGUGGCGGACUACGUCCUCAAGCGACAGGACGACGCGUCCGCUGACAGUGGUGCCACGACCGGCGAUGGGAGCGACGAUGGGAGUGACGAUUCCUCGUCGGAUGACUCGGGCACGUCUGAUACAGACUCUGGCGACGAUGGCUCGGACGAUUCUUCGGACGAUUCUUCGGCCUCUGCGACGGACUCUUCUACCGAUGACGGAAGUGCUGAGGCGACCGAUUCGACUUCGGACGACGGAAGUGCCGAGGAAACCGACUCGAGCACUGACGAUGCUGCUGCCUCUGCCACCGACUCGAGCUCUGAAGAUGGUACCGGCGAGGCUACUGCCAGUGCGACCGACUCUUCUGAGGGUACCGAAGAGACGGCUUCUAGUACCGCCGAAGGCUCCUCUAGCGCCGCGGCCACGACUUCGGCCAACACUGCCAGGUCUUCCGGCUUGACCAAGUACAACACCACUACAAGGGCCUCGUCCAGUGUCGUCGGCACUUCGGCUGCUCAGACUACCGGGGCCGCCUCCUCUUCUUCCGCCUCUUCCAGCGCCGGUCAGCUCGGUGCUGCCAUCCCCGCUGGUUUCAGUGGUCUCUCCUUCCUCUCUUUGGCUGUCGCUGGCGGUCUUGGAGCUGCUCGAAUUCUCUUUUAG